GUCGCGCCGAAGUGUAGAUAAUUAUGUUGCCGAUAUUUGUCCUAAAAAGAUGUCAGCUUCUUGCUGCCGUUAUCUUCUUUAAACCCUGUCUGAAAAUGUCAUGUCCCAACAAUGUGACUGCCAAUUCGUAUUUGAUGGACCCCUUGACUAGUACCUGCAGAAGUGAAAAUUAUCCUUCUAACACAGGAAUGUAUAUGCAGCCAGGGGUGGAUUUCGGCUGUGGAAUGAUGAGGAAUUGUGGACACAUACCGACUCUUUCAAAGAGAGAAGAGACAAAUAAUGCAUCCAUUACACUGAAUACGUACUCACCUUAUUUAUCCCAGCUAGGGACUUGGAGCGAUCCAAAAAAUGCCUACAGAUUUGAUCAACCUGUUGCCAGGCAGCUGCCCUCUUGUUCUUUCCCUACAAAUGUGAAGGAAGAAAAUGUCUGUUGUAUGUAUACUUCGGAUAAAAAGGCCAAAAGCACCGCAGAAGUAAACUUGUACCCCAGACUGAUGUCGGAGUCCUGUUCUGAUCAAGAAGUUCCAGUUCCCAGCUAUUUCCGAGCGAGUCAGGGUUAUUCGGUUGAAAAGGGACAGGCAUGUAACAAUAUAAAUGAAUAUGAAGCAAGUUUUACUCAGGGAGGCAGCCUUAUUGGAAGUAACGAGCCCACACAGCAUCCGUUACCGGCUAAAGAGAGUUUUACAGAGGAGGAGGAUAAGGCUAGCAACCAAGCAAAGAAGUCUGAGAUAAAGGCAGAAGAAAACACCGCAGCACGAAAAAUAACACACCGGGAAGCAAAGGAGCUGAGUAAAAAUACUGAUACAAGCACUGACAACUCUGACAUCGAAAGCAAAGAAGAAAUCAAAUCGGAAAACGCUACUGGAAACUGGAUGAUUGCAAAAAGCGGCAGAAAGAAAAGAUGUCCUUAUUCCAAACACCAAACGCUCGAAUUGGAGAAGGAGUUUUUAUUCAAUAUGUACUUGACUCGGGAGCGCCGCCUGGAGAUAAGCAAGAGUAUCAACUUGACAGACAGACAAGUCAAGAUCUGGUUUCAGAAUCGAAGAAUGAAACUCAAGAAAAUGAACAGAGAAAAUCGUAUCAGAGAGCUAACGUCUAGUUUCUCUUUUACAUGAAUGCAACGUCUCACAAACAUCCUACAUUUAUUUAAUGCAAAUCCACAUCCAAAAUACUAAAGACCUCAGACCUCUCAUUUGCAGACACUUAUAAAAUGUAUACCCAUUGUAUAGUGCAAAUGUGCAUUGAUAUGGCAUGAGAGUAUUCUACAGUUUCGUUAAAAAAGAAAGAGAAAGUAGAAGUGUCUAACUGACUGAUAGAAUUAAGUUAUUUACGUGUUAAAUGAACUAUACGGACUUUUAUAAAUUCUUUUAAGAGAAGGGACUGAGUCUUAAACGUCCUUUAAUGCUAAAUUAUAUUAUGUACGCAAUGUAUUAUAGAAAGAAACGAAGGCGCAUUUAAUUCCAAGUUGAUCUGUAAAUUAAUAGAAGUAUUAUUCACACAGUACGGAAUGCAAAUAUUGAAUGUAAUACUAUACCAUUAGUUAAUGCUACAUAUACACUAUGUGCUGGCCAACAUACUAGAGAAUGUGAUAUAUUAUUAAAUUCAUUUUCUUGUCGGUUUUAAAGUAUGUCCUGUAAACUAUACUUUGCAUGUAGCUUGCUUUGUGAAGGAACAAAAUAAAUUUCGUUUAGUCCAGUGUAA